UAAGUCAAGCAGGCAAGUAUCAGUUUAUUAGUUAUCUAUUACUGCAUAAUAAAUUAUUAUAAAACUUAAUUGUCUAAAACAACAAACAUUUAUUUUCUCAUGUUUUCUGUUGGUCAGGAAUUCAGGUGUGGCUUAGCUGGGUGCCUACAGCUGACUGUCCUUCAUGAGAUUGAGUCAAACUGUUAGCUGCUAAGGUCUCAUUUGGAGACUCAGUUUUUGGGAUGGAGAGGAAGUUCUCACUCACCAUGGUGGCUUCUCCACAGGGCUGCAGGAAGACACAGCAAACUGGCUUCCCCCAGGGCAGGCAAGUGAUUCAAGAGAACAAAUGAGAGAAUGAGUGUCAAAGAUUGAAAUCAUAGUCUUUUUAUAACCUAAUUUUGUAAGUGAUAUAAUUUCUGUUGUAUUCUGUUUCUCAGAAGGGAGUCAAUAAAUCCAGCGUACAUUUAAGAAGAGGGUAUUACAAAGGAUGUGACUAACAGAAGGUAAUGGGAAACCCAGGAACUUUCAAAAGAGGCCUUUUAUUCUCAGCCUUGUCUUAUUUGGGUUUUGGAACUUAUCAAGUAACUCCUCAGGCUGCUGUGGUUCAUGCCACAGGCAAAGUUGAAGAAAUCCUUGAACAAGCAGACUAUCUGUAUGAAAGUGGAGAAACGGAAAAACUUUAUCAGUUGCUAACCCAGUACAAGGAAAGUGAAGAUGCAGAGUUACUUUGGCGUUUGGCACGAGCAUCGCGUGAUGUAGCUCAGCUUAGCAGAACCCCAGAAGAGGAGAAAAAACUAUUGGUAUAUGAAGCCCUAGAGUAUGCAAAAAGAGCACUAGAAAAAAAUGAAUCAAGUUUUGCAGCUCAUAAGUGGUAUGCAAUCUGCCUUAGUGAUGUUGGAGAUUAUGAAGGCAUCAAGGUUAAAAUUGCAAAUGCCUACAUUAUCAAGGAACAUUUUGAGAAAGCAAUUGAACUAAACCCUAAAGAUGCUACUUCAAUUCACCUUAUGGGUAUUUGGUGCUAUACAUUUGCUGAAAUGCCUUGGUAUCAAAGAAGAAUUGCUAAAAUGCUGUUUGCAACUCCUCCUAGUUCCACCUAUGAGGAGGCCUUAGGCUACUUUCACAGGGCAGAACAAGUGGAUCCAAACUUCUACAGCAAAAACUUGCUUCUUUUAGGAAAGACAUACUUAAAACUACACAACAAAAAGCUUGCAGCUUUCUGGCUAAUGAGAGCCAAGGACUAUCCAGCACACACAGAGGAAGAUAAACAGAUACAGACAGAAGCUGCUCAGUUGCUUACAGGUUUCAGUGACAAGAAUUAAGGACUUUUCAGAGAAGAAUACAUGAAAUAUCUAAUAAACAUUGUUUUCAUUGAAUUAUAAAGAUAAUACAUUAAUCAUAA